AUGGUUUCUACAUCCGAGCAGCAGGCCCCAGCCACGAAGUAUGCUGCCGAUCAGCAACGGCGGCAGAACCGAGGUGGCGGAGGCAAUAUCAACAAUGGAGGUGCCUCCAAUAGGCGUCCCCGCAUGUAUGACGGUCCGCCCUGCGAGUAUUGUGGGCGGUAUGGCCAUGAUGAGCCAAACUGCAGGGUGCUCCACCCACAAUUGGCGCCACCCGGCUGGGAGCCGCCUCUUAAAGCGCUCCAGGUGCUGUUCCAAGCUAACAAAGAGCAGGCACAGCAGAAUCGCGAGCGUGGCGCUGCACCACGCCAGCACCGAGCAGUGGCUGUCGGUGCUGUGCACCAUGAUGAGGAGGACACCGAGGAUGAUGAGGAGGUGUACGUGCCGCACCGGCGCAACGCCAACGCGUCCUUCAACCGCAGCACCCAGCCUCCGGGCAUAGCCUCUGAGACAAUCAAUGAGGUGGCGGCAUCCGUGCACGCCACUCUCACGCAUCAAGCUACUCCGGUGUCCUUCCAACCCAUGGAGAUCAGCAACAAUGUCUACCCACCACCCAAGGUGUCUUCAAAGCCGCGCCCUGCUGCUGCAACACUUCAAGGGUCAACAGCAACAGCAGCACACCAACCCA